CCAUGAUUAACAUAGACUAUGUACCCAUUGUAUUUGUAUCUUCCACUUGCUCUUUCAAGAGCUCUAUCAAAGCAUUUUUCGAUACCACACAAUGGUAGGAUCACAAAAUCGUGACAUUCAAUCUAGCUUUCGACGUAGUCGAUGUGCUCGGAAAUCAUUUCUCUUAUUGAUCUUAGGUUUCAAUUUCAUUUUUUAUGCAUUCUUAGAAUACGUGCAUGGCUCGCUCCAAAGUUUCACACAAUUUAGCUGUGAUGUGACAAAAUUUGUGGAGUGAACGAUACCGUUAUUAUCGUUCAGCUCACCACCCAAGUUAUUAGGGAGAGAUGUUUUAUCCCACCCCCAUCAGUUGCUACAAGAGGCUUGUCAUCUGCCACUAUUCUCCAAAUCCUCAUUAAAAAUCACAACACCUCAAGUUCAUAAAGCUCCUGCAUAGUAUUCGAAUAGCUUGAACAUCUUCUGGUGCGCCAUUAACGGAUCUAAAGAUGUAACGUACCUAAAAAAAUCUGCAUAAACUGCGAGCUCGAUUCACAGAGAAAGUAUGCUCUUCCUAAAAACGAUUUGUAAACGAGCAGAUUUCACCGCGCUAGCAGCUCAGAUAAUGCAG